AUGAACGCUCUCCGCCUGGCGCGCACCGCAACUCCCGCGCUGAAGAGCGCUCUGAACAACACCGCGAGCCGCCGCACCCUGGCAACCGCGACGCUGGAGCACGCUGCGUCCGCCUCGUCUCCUGCGACGCAGGGACGCGCUGCGUCGGCGCCGAUCCCGCUGUCGAAUAUCGAGGCGCAGUGGGCGAGGCUGAGCGCUGAGGAGAAGGUCUCCGUGCAUGAGCAGCUCGAGGUGCUCCAGCAGAAGGACUGGAAGGAGCUGUCGCUGGAUGAGAAGAAGGCUGCAUACUAUGUCGCCUUCGGACCUCACGGCCCCAGAACCCCCUCCAGCCAACCCGGAGACAACGUCAAGAUUCUCGCCGCUACUGCUGGCCUUGUUGGCGCUGCCGGUGUUCUUUACUUCGUCCUCAAGCAGUUCGCUCAACCCCUGCCCAAGACUAUGACCAAGGAGUGGCAGGAAGCGUCGAACGAGCGUGCUAUCGAGGCAAAGAUCAACCCUAUCACUGGUAUCUCGUCAGAGGGCUACACUGGCAAGGGCUUCGUCCAAUCCAAAUAG